AUGAGCUGGAGCUUGUUGCUGAGUGAGCGUCAGAGGGAAGUUGCUGGUUUACCCUUUGUUGAAGAUGUUGAAAGAAGAAAACUUUAUGGCCAGGACCCGAAUGAUCUGCUUGCUAAGCGGGAGAAGUCCAAGACCGAGCUCCUUGAGAAGAGGAAGGCUAGCAGUAGAUCUAUCAUAGAUGAAGCUACAACCUCACGAUCGAGGGAUGUGUCUCCACAAAGAAAAAACUAA